UCUUAACAAAUUAAUUAGUUUAAGUAAAAGUUAUAAAAUAUGAUUCGAAAUCCUGCCUCACUUCCUGAACAGGGCUGUUUUAUUUUGAAGGUAAAAUCUAAAUAUUCCUGGCCUGCCUCUCUGUUUGCGGCUUGACGCAGCUCUGCUUCCCUGCGCGCCUGAACUCUGGUACCUGACUCCGCGCUGCGCGUCCAGCGGCUGAAGGGACGCAGGCUCACUGUCCACCGCUCACUUCCAAUGAAGUUGACUUUUCUUUUUCUUUCUUUCGGAUAAAAAAGCCCGCGUCCUCCUCCUCCUUUUUUUCAUUUAUUGUUCGCCUCUUUUGUAAUCUUUCGGCUGACGGACUGAGUUUGGAUAUCAGGAGGAGGGAGACACAGGACCAGCGAGCGGCUCUCAGAUGGAGCAGCGGGGCUCCGGGAGCGCAGGGCGCACGGCGAACCCGGAGUGACGGAGGCUGCUGGAUGGAUUCUAACCCCGGGUUCAGGCUGUUCACGGCAUGGCCAUGACGGGCGUCCAGGAGCCAGACCUGGAUGAACAGCGAAGAGGACCGGCGCACGAGGAGGAGGAAGAGGAGGAGGAGGAGGAGGGGGGGAAGGUGCAUGUGACAGUUGAGGGAGAGCACAGAGCAGAGGAUGAGGAGGACGGGGAGGAAGAGGGAGAGGGAGAGGAAGAGGACGAGCUGCCGUACCCCUCCCUUGCACCAGUGGUUCUGCUGGCUCUGACCCAAACCAGCCCUCCCCGCUCCUGGUGCCUUCGAGCCGUCUGCCACCCAUGGUUUGAGCGUGUGAGCAUUUUGGCCAUCUUACUGAACUGCGUCACUUUGGGGAUGUUCCAGCCUUGUGACCACACCCCCUUCCUGCUGCAGGCUUUGGAUGAUGGUAUCUUUGUAUUUUUUGCUGGAGAGAUGGUGGUGAAGAUGGUGGCUCUCGGGGUCAUAGGUCAGAAAGGUUACCUUGGCGACACAUGGAACAGAUUGGACUUCUUCAUUGUUAUUGUGGGCAUGCUGGAGUACUCCCUGGAUGGACACAACGUCAGCCUAUCAGCCAUCCGGACCGUUCGGGUUCUCCGCCCACUGAGAGCCAUCAACAGAGUUCCCAGUAUGCGGAUCCUGGUCACGCUCCUGUUAGACACUCUUCCGAUGCUGGGCAACGUGCUGGCGCUCUGCUUCUUUGUUUUCUUCAUCUUUGGCAUUGUUGGCGUUCAGCUGUGGGCUGGGCUACUGAGGAACCGCUGUUUCAUAGGAGAGGAUGUGAAGACGAGAUACAACAUCACCUUCCUAAACGACUACUAUAAGCCCGAUGGCACAGAUGACCACCCUUUCAUCUGCUCGACGGCGAGGGAAAACGGGAUGCUCCGGUGCUCAGAUGUGCCUCGUCGCCGUGUGGGCAGGACUCACUGCAACCUGGGCGUGGAGGAAGCCUUUUCAGAGACAGGACUCAAAGUAAACGAGUCAGAGUCAUGUGUGAACUGGUACCAGUAUUAUAACCAGUGUCGAGCUGGAGAACUCAAUCCACACAAAGGAGCUAUUAACUUUGAUAAUAUUGGAUAUGCAUGGAUCGCCAUUUUUCAGGUGAUUACUCUAGAGGGCUGGGUCGACAUCAUGUACUAUGUCAUGGAUGCACACUCCUUUUACAACUUCAUCUACUUCAUCUUCCUCAUCAUCGUGGGCUCUUUUUUCAUGAUCAACUUGUGCCUGGUUGUCAUAGCAACACAAUUUUCCGAAACAAAGCAGAGAGAGCACGCCUUAAUGAAAUCGGAGCAGCGAGCCCGGCAGCUCCACCAAUCAGCUUCCACCCUCGCCAGUGACAGCCAGCCAGGGAGCUGCUAUGAGGAGAUCAUCCGCUACCUGGCGCACCUGGGCCGCAAGGCGUGGCGGCGAUUUUCCCGCUGCUACAGUCAGACAUGGAGGCGCUUGCGUUGCACGUGUGUGCGCCGCAAGGAUCAGGGCAGUGGGUCUGCCAGGGGGGGCGGAGCCGGAGAGAUGAACGGACUUGCCAACAGGCACUCGGGCCACGCCCCCAACGACCUACCCCAUCUUCAUCAGCUGUAUUAUAAUCAUCAUCAUCACCACCACCAGCCCCACCACCACCAGCAUCAUCAGUCUGAGCCCCCCGUCAGCAACGGAGGGAGCAGUUUUAAUUAUCCUUUCAUAUCACCCUUCCUCAGUCACCUGGAUGAUAAGAACCAGGACCAGAAGAGGCUGGUUGCUAUGGAAACCAUCAACAGACUGCCGCAGCUGGUGCUCGAGCACGGUGGCUCUGCGGGGCAUCCUGCUCUGCAGUUGCCAGGCGAAGGCCCAGGAGAGGCUUCUGCGUGCCCGUACUGCAACUACUAUAGCCAACUAAGUGGCAGUGAAAACUCUCACGAGCAUCCUGAAGAACAGCAUCAUGGGUACAACAUCUCCCGCCAUGGCAACCACCCGUGCCAUGGAAACAGCCCGUGCCAGUGUAGAAGUCCCUGUCACGGCAAUGCGCAGGUGCUUGAGCCGAGGAAAAAGCUGUGGGAGCGCUGCUGGAUGGGACUCCGAAUCAAGCUGAAACUCAUAGUGAGCAGCCGAUAUUUCAACAGAGGCAUCAUGAUUGCCAUCCUUAUCAACACACUGUCCAUGGGCAUAGAGUACCACGAGCAGCCGCAGGAGCUGACUGAUAUUUUGGAAAUCAGCAACAUGGUGUUCACCAGCCUCUUCAGCCUUGAGAUGUUACUAAAGCUCCUGGCUCUGGGGCUCUUUGGCUACAUCAAGAACCCAUACAACGGCUUUGACAGCAUCAUUGUCAUAAUCAGUGUGUGGGAGAUUGUAGGGGAGGCUGAGGGAGGCUUGUCAGUGCUGCGUACUUUCCGUCUGCUCAGAGUUCUGAAGCUGGUCCGGUUCCUCCCUGCCCUGAGGAGGCAGCUUGUGGUGCUGAUGAAGACCAUGGACAAUGUUGCUACAUUCUGCAUGCUGUUAAUGCUUUUUAUAUUCAUAUUCAGCAUUUUGGGAAUGCAUUUAUUUGGCUGCAAAUUUGGUUUACGACAAGACAGCGGCGACACGUUACCCGACAGAAAAAACUUUGAUUCUCUGCUGUGGGCAACGGUCACAGUUUUCCAGAUCCUCACCCAGGAGGACUGGAACGCCGUGCUCUACAACGGCAUGGCCUCCACCACGCCUUUGGCUGCCCUCUACUUUGUGGCCCUCAUGACAUUUGGAAACUAUGUCCUCUUCAAUUUGCUUGUAGCCAUUUUGGUGGAAGGCUUUCAAGCUGAAGGAGAUGCCAAUAAAUCUGAAGCUGAUGACGACAGAUUAUCACUGGGUUACCAGGACGAGGAGAAGCUGAAGGAGCUGUACGCUGCAGAGCUAAAGAUUCAGGCAAUGAUGCUGAGCCCCAACGGCCUCCUCAACCCUAAAGCCUCCAUGCCUCCACCUCCUCCCCCACCCCUGCCAGUCAUCACACACACUGCAGCCACGCCCACCAUGAACGCCAACCAGUCGCGGCGAGCGAGUGGUGCGUCCACAGACAUCAACAGCCUUGAGCCGAGGUCUCCGUCUCCCUGGGACAGUGGGCCCGAGAGCCGCCGCUCCAGCUGGACCAGUAUCAGUCGAGCCCCCAGCCUCCACAGGAGGAGUCAAUCAGGAGAGAUGGAGUCCCUGCUGUCUGAGAUGCACACGUGUUCAAGUCCCAGCAGCAGGGAGCCGUCUCUGGACCAGUCAGAGUACCUGCAGGUGCCCAUGCUCCUCUCACCCGACUGCAACGGAACCACCUUUCACUUCCCUGAACACUGCUACGAGGAGGCCCCCCUGCCGUCCUAUUACCACAGUGACCAGGAGGAGGAGGAGGCUGAGGAGAGUUUAUGUAAGCGGCUGAAGAAGAUACUGGAGCCAUAUGAGCCUCAGUGGUGCCUGGAACACGAGGAGUGGUCUCUCUAUCUGUUUGCGCCGCACAACCGGUUCAGGCUGUGGUGUCUGAGGGUCAUCGGUCACAAGAUGUUUGAUCACAUCGUGCUGCUUUUCAUUUUUCUCAACUGCAUCACCAUCGCACUGGAGAGACCGGACAUCAAUCCCAGGAGCAUGGAACGGGUGUUUCUCAGUGUUUCCAAUUACAUCUUCACAGUCAUCUUCGUGGGAGAGAUGAUGAUCAAGGUUGUUGCUAUGGGACUCUACUUUGGAGAAGGAGUGUACCUGCAGAGCAGCUGGAACAUCUUGGACGGUGUGCUUGUGUUUGUGUCACUGGUGGACAUCCUGGUUUCCAUUGCGUCAGCGGGUGGAAAUCGGAUCUUAGGCAUCCUGCGGGUGCUUCGCCUGCUUCGAACACUGCGACCCCUCAGGGUGAUAAGUCGCGCUCCUGGUCUAAAAUUGGUGGUUGAGACGCUCAUCACUUCUCUCAGACCAAUAGGGAACAUCGUUCUCAUCUGCUGUGCUUUUUUCAUCGUUUUUGGAAUUCUGGGAGUGCAGCUGUUCAAAGGGAAGUUCUUUCACUGCGAGGGGCUUCACGUCAGAAACAUCACCAACAAAACCGAGUGUCUGCAGGCGGGUUAUCGCUGGGUUCGACGGAAAUACAACUUUGACAACCUGGGGCAGGCGUUGAUGUCACUCUUCGUGCUGUCCUGCAAAGACGGCUGGGUGAGCAUCAUGUAUGACGGCCUGGACGCUGUUGGAGUGGACCAGCAGCCAAUAAGAAACAACAACCCCUGGAUGCUGCUGUUCUUUAUCUCUUUUCUCCUCAUUGUCAGCUUCUUUGUGCUCAACAUGUUUGUGGGAGUGGUGGUGGAAAACUUCCACAAGUGUCGCCAGCAGCAGGAGGAGGAAGAAGCCCGGAUAAGGGAGGAGAAACGGCAGAAGCGACUGGAGAAAAGGAGGAGAAGGGCUCUAGAGAAACCGUACUACGCUGACUAUUCCCCAUUGAGGCGAUCCAUACACACAGUGUGCACCAGCCACUACCUGGAUCUGUUCAUCACUGUCAUCAUCUUCACAAACCUCCUCACCAUGAGCAUGGAGCACUACAACCAGCCGCAGUACCUGGAGGAGAUACUAAAGUACUGUAAUUACGUCUUCACUCUGGUCUUUGUCAUCGAGGCUAUUCUAAAGCUCAUUGCUUUUGGCCUGCGCCGCUUUUUCAAAGAAAGAUGGAACCAACUGGACCUUGCCAUCGUGCUGUUGUCCAUCAUGGGAAUCACAUUGGAGGAAAUCGACCUGAGCGCUUCCCUGCCCAUCAACCCCACCAUCAUACGCAUCAUGAGGGUCUUGCGGAUAACUCGAGUGCUGAAGCUGCUGAAGAUGGCGACAGGGAUGAGAGCUCUGCUGGACACAGUGAUGCAAGCCCUGCCUCAGGUGGGGAAUCUGGGUCUGCUCUUCAUGUUGCUGUUCUUCAUCUAUGCAGCUCUGGGAGUUGAGCUCUUUGGAAAACUGGAAUGUUCAGAGGAGAACCCAUGUGAGGGUCUCAGCCGCCAUGCCACCUUUGACAACUUUGGCAUGGCUUUCCUCACACUCUUUCGGGUGUCCACUGGGGAUAACUGGAACGGGAUUAUGAAGGACACACUGCGGGAGUGCCGGCCACACGAACGCCACUGCCUCUCCUACCUGCCCUUAAUCUCCCCCGUUUACUUUGUCACCUUUGUCCUCACGGCUCAGUUUGUGCUGGUCAAUGUGGUGGUCGCUGUUCUCAUGAAGCACCUGGAAGAGAGCAACAAGGAGGCGCAGCUGGAGGAGAUGGAGGAGAGGAGGGAGAGGGAGGAGCAGAGGGAGAGGGAGGAGCAGAAGGAGAGGGAGGAGGCCAGCCGGCGCCUCAGCACUGCAUCCGUGGGCGGAGACCUGGAGCUGAGCUUGGACACACCCACCCAGGUGCAAGUGGAGGAAGAAGAGUGUUCCCAUAGAAACCUGCUGAGAAUGGGGCGAAUGCUGUCUCUACCCAGCGACAGCUACGUUCAGCCACUCAGAUGCUCCACUUAUGCUCCCAACAGCCAAGAAGCCCUUUGUGGAUACAGUUACUCAGGCUCUGUGUCAUCUCUGGGCUCCAGUGGAGGCAGUUCUCUGCUGCAGGUUCCAGGAGCUCUGCCCGCCAUCAGCCACGCUUCACUGGGCUCUGGGCGCAGCUCGAGACCAAUGAUCUGCCUCAGCACUUCCCAAAGCUUUGACCGGCACUCCAUGCACAGGCUCAGUCCUGCCGACAGCAUAGACGGACACAAGUGCAGUCCGGCUCACAGAGUCAGAACGUACAGACUGAACUCGGCGCACAGUAUAGACGGAUACAAGUUCAGCCCGGCCCGUCAAAUGAACAGACACAGACUCAGUUCUGCUCACAGCAUGGAUGGAUACAGACUCAAUCCAGACCAGAACAGCGACAGGCCGAGGCUCUUGUCCAGCCACAGCAUAGACAGACACCCGUCUCUCAGGCUCAGUCCAACAGAAUUUGGCAGCAGGCGGCCCUCUCUCUGGCUCAGCCCUGAAGACAGUCUCGACAGGAACAAGCUCAGUCCCUCCUAUGUUCCAGAUAGUUCUGUCCUGAAAAGAAGCGGGUCCUACCGCACCGCAAACAGACGUUUACAAAGACAGGCGGCUGUGCGCUCUGACUCUCUGGAUCAGAGUGGAUCAGCUGACAACCUGGCAGAACCUUGCCUCACUGUGCCCACAGACUCUUCCAGUCCGCCAUGCCAGCGAUCGCCCAGCGUCCACACGCUGAAAUACACACACCCCCAGAGGGUAAUCUCAUGCAGGAGCCACAGCCGGAGCCACAGUGAAACCCCCGCGCACGGACUCGUACCUGAGCAAGCCAUCUGCGGCUCGCAGCCAGAAACGCAUGCAGAAACGAGGUCCGCUGGUCCGCAGGGCUUGUCCACUUUGAAGGUCAUCAGCGCCGAGUCCAGCUUAUCAGCUUCGCUCUGUAGCACCAGAGCGGCCUGCACGGAGCCUGGCGCCGGAUCAAACCCGCCCCCCCUGUCUGACGAUGCUGAUGAGGAGGUUAGCUGCAUAAAUAUUUCAGUUCACUCACCCGGGCUGCCUCCUCCCAGCUCCUCACACAAAAGUGGACACCUCUCCCCGAGUCCCGGAGAGUACAGAGGCUGCCUCAGUCAUUCAGCAUCCCCGGUUUCAGGUCAGGGCAGGAAGCAGCGGAUGAGCCCGCCACCAGGAGAAGAGCCAGUCACAAUGGCAACCCAGCAAACGGACACUAAUGUUGAGCUGAGACGGAGGACUCUAUCAUUCGAUGCCUCAAGCCUUUCUCCUAAUCAACAGGAGCAGAACUCUGUGGACGACUGAAAAUCCCAGCGAUGGGAUUGGAGGAUCUGAAUGUGCUCAUAGAGCACACAUAUGAGAGAGGGGAGGAACAGUCCAGAACAUGGACCCAGACAGCACACGCAUGUCUGGCCGAUGCGGGGCAAUUAUUUUAAAAAAUAACAGUACUUGGUAAGAUGUUGGUGGAUGUUGGCUUGUGAUCUAUAAGAACAACAGGCAAACAUUACAUGAACAACUCAUCUUAAAAAGACAAGAAAACAAAACAUUUCAAGUACCUAAUGUUUAUAUUAGCUCAUCCAUCCAAGUAGCAACCAGAUCCAACCCUGCUACACUUCCAAAAUGACAAUUACAUGGACUCAGACAGCCACCAGCCUGGCAGGAAAAUAUGUUCCCACAAACCUCUAAAGAUUUAGACGUUUCUGUGAUUCAAGUCUCGCUCAAAUCAAAUUUUGAUUUUUGUAAAAACAUUCCCUGUGUUCUUUUAUUUAUGAUUAGGACAUUUUUUAGCAAUUUUUUAGGACACAGUUUCAGCAGGAGUUCAUCAGAAAGUCCAACACAUACUCACUCCCAAACUGUCACAUAUUGAUGCGUCCGAAACCUGGUACCGGUUCCCUAACCCAACACCGGACGUGGUACCAAGCCCGAACAUGUACCUGGUUAGGAAUCCAGUACUGUCAGCUUCAUUAGGAUUAGGGUACUCAUCAUUUUUAAGACAUGCUGGCUGUUCAUAAAAUCAAGGGCCCGCAACCCUCGGGACAUGGUACAAUAUUAGGAACUGGAUGAUUGGGACGCAUCUGGUACUGGUACCCUAACCCGUCACCAGAUGCGGUAUCAAAACCCAAACCAGUAUCGGCUUAGGGUUAGGGUACCGGUGCACUCUGUGUCCUGGUACUUGACCGGUUCCGGUUCGUGGCCGGAGGUUGGGGACCCUUGAUUGGGGACACCCAAAACGUCAAUUUUUAACACGAAGGGGUCAAUAUGUCACAAGAUGGGAGUGAGAAUGUGUUGGAAAUUCACCUCUGAGUUGUGGGCGGGACUUAGAGUAGAGUAAGCCUGCCCCCACGUCCCAUUAUCCAUUAAGUUUUAUUUAUAUAGCCCAAUAUCACAAAUCAAUUGCCUCAUUGAGCUUCAUUCAAGUAAUCCAUCUGUUUGCACGUUGUCUCGCUAGCUUUCAGCUCCUUACAACCUCAACCUAACAUUACCAGUGCAACAAAAAUUGCAGCCAAUAUCAGAGCUACCGAGCCUUGCAGUUUUAAUUCAGACGCAAACUCUGAUGAGGAAAAUGAAGCCAUACAACGGUCUAUUUUUCUGCAAGUAGAUGCAUCAACAUGGAGUGGAUCAUGGAGCUUGUGGCCUGUUUAUUGUUGUUUCUUUGUCACAACUACCAGCUUUUUCCAAUUGCAUUUUUAUUUUGCAGAACUCAUAGAAAUGCACACAGAACAUGUUUAAAACACCCAAAACACAUUUUUUUUAAUCAGGUUGGGCCUUUAAGCUUUCUCUUCGCAAAACUUCUUUGUUUGUCUUGACUUUAAGAUAACCCAGAAAGCUUUCAAAAUGUGUAAAAUAUCGCCAACUGCAAGAAAUGCAUCUUCUUCAGUCGCUCGUGGUUUCCUUAAAUGAAGCUGACAGAGAAUAGAUCAGAACGAUAAAAUGCAGCCAUGAAAGCUCUGUGAUCUUUCUGUUUACUUUACCAAUAAACCAUGCCGGAUUCUGUCUGGUCUUUGAAGUUCAGCAGAGUUGGAUCUGGUAGCUGCUCAGAAUGAAGACCAAUUAGGAAUACCAGCUGAGCUUAAUGUAAUUUUCCUGUCAUUUUUAUUUUUUAAUGAUUGACCCGCCGUCGUUUCAGAUCACAGGCCGACACCUGGGCGACAUCUCCCGCGGAUGUUGUGACAAUUAUUUGAUCAAAUACCUGACAGGCGUCAGCCAGACCUGCAGAUGAAGCUGUCUGGGAAGGAUGCAGGCUUCCUGUCUCACCUGUCCUCACAAGAUUCUCACAGGGUGUCUGAGCAGGACUCUGAAACGGUGUGGACGAGUGUGUUUGUAUCUAAAAGACCACUUUGUGCUGUUCCACACGAGAUGCACACAAGAAGAAGAAUCUUUCUUCUAACAGAAUCAUAGCUUUAGUUCAGACACAGUAGCCACAUCCCAGCAUCUAUAUUUAAUUGAGUGGUUACCUUCCUUUCCCCUUCUCUACUCUGCAUUUUUAUUUUCAUUUAUCCUUUUCCUGUUUUCCAAUUCCAGGUCUAAUAGAUUCAGUUUGCACUGCAGGUACAGCACAGAUCAAGAUGCUGACUGAGCUGUUCAUAAACGGACUUAAAUCAUGCGUAUUGACUUUAGUAAUUAAUUUUCUUGAUCGCCCAGGUAAACCUUAGGUUGGGGGACCAAAAUUGUCAUUUUUUUUGCAUCACAGAAAACGAUCAAACAUGCAAACUGAGAGUUUUGAGCUGAAACUUCCUCCAUGACUCUAGUUGCUGAUGUAUUAUUGAACUCCUCCCUCCUCAGUCUUAGAAAUUGAUUUAUUGUUUUCCUAUUUUCUGCUAAAAGAAAAGUUUGUGUUAAAAAAAAACAACUUUUUUUUUUUAAAUGAACUUGCAAUACUUAAUGAUGCUGAGGAAUUGUGUAUUUAGGAAGGCUCUGUUUUUAAUUGCACUUCAUUCAGGCUUUUAUUGUGUCCCUCUGGAUGUUGUUUGAUUGUUCCCAGAUUGCAGCACUUUGUCUUAUCGAUUUUUCUUUUCUUUUUGGUCAGAGUUCUUCCACCUACCCAUCCUCGACUGUCUACAAAGGAAAUAAAAUCCCUUCUAAACUUCCAGUUAAGAUCAUGUAGUGUGACCUGAACUUAAGUAGUUUCUACCUCACUUUUUUUUUCUUUCUCCCACCCAUUUGUAAGUUCAGUCAACUGAAUCCCCGCCCAUCCCCUUUUUCUCUGUCACCGGGUACGGUCGAAUAGUCAAGCAAAUUAUCUCCUACAAUUUUUCUGUCUCCAGCUCUUAUUCUUGACCUUGUUGAGAAAUGUCACGAGGUUAAGAAGUCAUUCGUAAAGACAUGCAAAAAGACUUGCUGGAAGAAUCCAACAAAUAUGAUAGAAAAUCCACGGAAAAUCUAACAUUCACGUUACCUAAUAUGCACCCAAGAAAAGACAGAUGUAAUGAAGAAAAUAAAGGGGAAGAUGUUUUAAACACAAAAAUCAUGGAACUGAAUCUUCUCCUUUCUUAUAAAAGUGUUUCCAAUUCUAAAAGACACCAUCUAAGUAAUUAAGAAGCCUUUAGCUUUCCCUUUCAUUUCACUCGUUUGAGAAUGGUCUUCAGCUCUGAAGGCUAUUCGACCGCACUCUUUGUAUUCUCAGGGUAGAGGUAGAUUAGACCCAGUUUAAGUUUGAAGCAUGUGGCUGGAGCUCUGUGGAGUUAGAGGGCCCCCUUCUGUCUGCACUUGGAGCUGGCACCUUUUCAGGAGCAAGGUUUUUAUUUCAUUCACAGAGAAUUAAAGUGCUGGAGAGCCGACGGAGCCAGAGGUGCAGAAGGGCUCGUGCUGGUUAUAAAACAGUGCGUAAAGUAAAAACUUUGUAGAAAAAAAAAAAGGUUAAGAAUAUAUUUUAUUAAAAAUAACAGGAACGACACUGAGGGCUAAGAAGGAAUUUCUACAGUAUUGAAUGUCAGGUUUUCUGUCGGUGAUAUUUAGGACAGAUGCUGAGAUCACUGUUGCAGGAUGUGAUCAUGGUCCAGAGGUUUGUAAUGUUUAAUGUUACUGCGGAUUCAUGGAAAUAAAACCACUUCCUGUCUGACUUUCA